AUGCUUCCAUGGUUAGCGUUCGGCCACUUGAUCCCGUUCUUAGACCUCUCCAUUGCCUUAAACAAACACGGCAUUCACGUAUCGUUCCUCUCGACCUCAAGAAAUAUCCAAAGACUCCCGAAAAUCCCGCAAGAUUUAUCGCCUUUCAUAGACUUCAUACCCUUUUCCCUCCCGAAGCUCGACUCGUAUCCCCUGCCGGAAAAUGCAGAAGCCACCAUAGACAUCCCUGUCGAUCGAAUGGGCAGCCUGAAAAUAGCCUGUGAUCACCUCCAAGAACCCAUCAGAAAUUUCCUAGGAAACAAACUCCCAAGCUGGCUAAUAGUGGACUUUUUCCCUCAUUGGGCAGUUGAUAUUGCUCAAGAGUUGAAAAUACCCAUUAUCACAAACUCCAUCACAAGUGCCAGCACCGCAGUUUUCUUCUGGACACCCGAGCAGCUUCUUGAUGGCCAUGAAGAGGACACGAGACGGGCCGGGAGAAGAUCUCCUCGGGAUUUAAUGGUCCCGCCAAAAUGGGUCGACUUUCCCUCGAAAGUCGUGUGCAGGGAUCACGAAACCGACAUGAUGCACAGUGUCCUGUACGGAGUAGACGAGACCGGGAUCUCGGGUGGGGCCCGUUUUGCGAAAUUGGUCAACGGCAGCCGGGCUUUGACUGUGCGCACGAGCCCGGGAUUCGAAGGCGAGUACUGGUCACUACUCUCGGAAAUUACUCAAAAGCCAGUCUUCUCGCUCGGUUUUCUUCCGCCCGAGAAGAAGUCAAGAGGGAUGACAAGAACAAUCAAAGACGAACAGCCGUGGAGUAAAAUUUUCGACUGGCUCGACGAGCGUAAACCAGGGUCCGUCGUGUUCGUCAGUUUCGGGAGCGAACAUAAGCUCAAGAAAAAGGAGGUUCUUGAAAUAGCAUAUGGGCUCGAGCUUUCCGGGCUUCCCUUCUUAUGGGCUCUGAGAGAGCCUAAUCCGGACAAGGCCCUGCCGCCGGACUUCGCCCAGCGCACGGUGGGGAGAGGGGUGGUCCAGGCCGGGUGGGCCCCACAGAGGGAAAUCCUCGGCCACCCAUCGAUCGGUGGCUCGUUGUUCCAUGCCGGGUGGGCCUCCAUUAUAGAGACAGCAAUAUACGGACACAGCCUCGUGCUUCUGCCAUUUGUGAUUGCCCAGCCACUGGACACGAGGUUGCUGGUCGAGAAAGGCCUGGCGGUGGAGGUCGAGAGGGGCAAAGAUGGAAUUUUCACCAGGGACGGUAUUGCGAGUGCUUUGAGGAAAGCUAUGGUUUCGGAGGAUGGGGAGAGAUUAAGGGCGCGCGCCAAAGAGGCUGCAGAGGGCAUUUUCGGGAAUAAGAAAAUUAACGAUGAUUGUAUCAGGAAGUUUGUCGACUAUUUGAAAAAGUGGGGCUGA